UCCGGGUUCGUGGAAAUUCAAGUGGCAAGUGUGUUUUUGAGGGACAGUUGAAAAAAAUUACGAAAAAAAAACAUUCUGUUUGAAGUGUUUUCGGCUUGCGGAGGUUUUUUUUUAUCGUCAUAUCAUCGUCGGGUCGAAUUUCGUGCCGUUCAGCAAUCCUGCCAUCAUGAAACUAUUCCUGAUAAUUUCUGCAUUCGUUCUGAGCGCCGUGGCCUUCCCGGAACCACCUCGUGCCCGCAUCGUGGUCCCGGCCAAGCAACAGCAACUUCCGGAAUAUGAAUACGGGGCACCGAAGCCGGAAUACGGACCUCCUCCGGCACCGGAGUAUGGGCCACCGGCUCCUUCUUACGGACCUCCAGCCCCCUCCUAUGGACCUCCUCCGCCGCAAAAGCUGAUCACCAAAAACGUUUACGUUCAUGUUCCCCCAGAGGAGCCAACCGAAAUCAUCAAAAGCCCGGUUCUAGAGGCCCCGAUAGCCAAGAAACACUACAAGAUCAUCUUCAUCAAGGCCCCGGCUCCUCCGGCUCCGAUCCAGCAUCACAUCCCACCCCAGCCACAGGACGAACACAAGACCUUGGUCUACGUGCUCGUCAAAAAACCGGAGGAUCCUGCCCCACUCGAAAUCCCACAACCGGAACCAACUGAACCCAGCAAACCGGAAGUCUACUUCAUCAAGUACAAGAGCAACGAACAGAAGGAACCGCCCAAGGAGUAUGGACCUCCGGCUAACACCUACGGACCACCUUCGGGUCCAGCAAGAUACCAGCAGUUCUAGGAAGCCAAAGAAAGAUAAAUCGCCUAAAGUAAAUAAAUCUUAAUCCUCGUACCGGUAAAAAGUUGCACCGGUACCUGUUAAACUUGUUGCUCGAUGCUUAGAACCAAUCCAAACCCCCACUUAGACUAAGCCUUACAAUAAACAUAGAAAAACACUCGAUUCCUAAUCCCUAAUUCCCUUAAUCCUAAUCCUUAAAACAAUUAUCCAAAUGAUAGAAAUUCACCACCGGAACAACCCGGGACACAAACAGACACACCUUCGUACAAGUUGUUUUCUAGUUUUAGUCAUAAGCCGUAGAUUAAGAGCGGAAUUCCAAAACGGAGCACUAUCGUAGACGAAUAACAGCAAUCAGAAGAUUGUGAACUGUGCUUCCCCAUAUUUAUUCAUCCAGCCAUCCCCAGAAAAACAACCCCUUCAUUAUGGAAAUCUACCGAACAAACUGUACAAAUAUUGACCAAUUCAACUCAGUCGAUAAAUUUACCUUACUCCCAAACCUGAUUCCCUUUCCCACAUCCCAAUCAGCAGCCCAUUCCCAUUCACAACCGCGUCCCAACAUCCAUUGAUUCAAAUUGUGGGGAAAAAGAACGACUUUCCUGGCACAAAAACACAAUCCAUCUGGAAACGUGACGAGAAGCAUUUUCUCCUCUGAAACGUCCCACUUGAUACCUGGAAGCAGAAUUUCGGCAGAACCGUUCCAGCUCCCUGUACGGGAACCCGAAAUCAAUGACACAAAUUGAGACUAACCAAACCGAAAAAGCUUGUAGCCUUCCUACAUGGAAUAUCGUUUGGGGAGAUCGAACCAUAAAGAGAGAGAAACAGCAUAAAUAAAAUGCAAAUUUGAAUGUGUAAA